AUGUCGGGUCCCUGUCGAUCCAAAACCUCUCAUGGAAGAGUGAUAAAGGGGGCGCAAGUCGGUGGCCAGCCAAGCGCAAACGCAAAUUCGACGCCGGGGAUAUGCGAUAUUACCGCUACUGGUACGGCAACUGCAUAUGCAUCUGCACCACAGAUCAUGAGGGUGAUUGACUUUACUAGGAGUGAACUUCGUCCGUUGAAUACCGAACAUGCAACAAGAACAUUGGAGUUGAGGAUCUUAGUAGCCAACCUCAUCUUCGACAUUCCAGUCAGGGGAAUGAGGGGAAGUCAACCGAGCGCUCCUAUGGAACGGUUCUUCCGGGAGAUGAUUCCAUAUAGUCCCUGGAAAGGCUGGUUAGCCAGCCCACCACGUGGAACUCGUUCCACAGAUGGCAGCAGACUCCUAAACAAGAAGAAUUUGCCACUCAGGUACACAGCGGGAAUUCCAACUGUGUACCGUGAUCAACAAGGUCUAAGGAGAAGUGACGGCCCAUCUGGUGGAGGAGAACGUCCCGGUGGGGCCCACUAUUGUAAGCAUACUGUAUUGCCGGGGAAUAAGUCCCAGCUUCCCCCUUUUGGUAGGUUGACUGUAUGCCUUCAGUUCAACUGCGACGCAAAUAGUUCUGGCCAUGAUCCCUGGUACUCGCAGAACCUUAUGUUACUCAACCACCUCAGUUGUUCCCAAUCCACUUUCACGAGCAAAAAUGGCUCCUAG